AUGGAAACAACGCCAUUGGCCUGCGCCCAAUUCAUACGCCGCUGCUUGAAGCCGUGUACCGAGCGCAACCCACCACAAGAAGCCCACUGUCCGAUAUGCACAGAAGAAUACGAUCGCAGCACUCACAAAGCAAUACGCGUCGUUAUCCAGUCACCCGCCCAGUGCAACCACGAGUUCUGUCAAGCCUGCCUCGAGAAGAUCUUCGCCCGUCGCAAGACCCAAGACAACACCAACCUCUGUCCGCUGUGUCGCGCCGUAUGGUUCAAAGCCGAAUACGAAAGCCUUUCGGCGCGCAGUCGGCGUUUGACAGAAGAGGCCACAGAGGUUCUUAGAGCUGGCAACUCCGCGCCUUCCCUCUUCGCGGGCGUGCCCGAAGGCCCUGCGGGCGAAACCAUGUCAGAUUCUACUAGGAGAGAUACGGAUCCAGUGCCACAGCCUAUGCGUACACCCCGACCGUAUGCGCGAGCCCGUCAGCCCCGUCCGUCUACGACUGAGUCAUCUGCUGGAUCCAGAGACACUCGCUACAGCGGAGACUGGCGCACUGAGCCUGUCUUCACACAUCGUGAGUUCCACGCUGCACUCGCCGCAGGACAAGCAGCAGCCGGACAACCAGAGCCACCAGCUACAACUUCAGUACCUCACACAUCCUCUCAUCCCCCUCGUUCAACCCCCCAACCAUUCCAGUUCGGCCAGCAACCCACCCCAUACUCAGCGCUUCCACAGAGAGCACAAUUCAACUAUCCCCCGGACGAUUCAAACUCCACAAACUCCACACGCCAAGGCGAACAGAACAGAGCAGCGCCACCACAAGCUUUCCAGUCGCUCGAGUUCCAACGGCGUUCAGCCGACCUGGAUGCUCGCGAAGCCCGUCUGACGCGACGUGAAGGGGAGCUGAGAAGGAUGCGUCAAGCGUUGGAGCGGCGGGAGCAGGAUUUUAAUGUUUUUUGUGAGAGAGGUAGACAGCUUUUUCGUGGAAGGGAUGGGGGGGUUUGA